CUUGUUGUUGUAUGUAUGUUUUUUUAAUUAUUAUUAUCAAUUAACCUCAACUAUCUGUGAUAUCUAUGUAGUUUAGCAUUUGUAUGAGUCAACCUUCUAGACUCUACUCUCUGCAUCCGAAUUAGAAUUAAUGAUUAAUUGAACCAAACUUACUGUCAUAUCUCAAUGAGUAACAAAGUGAAGUGGUAAUGGGGGAAAUAUAUUCGAAGAACGAAGAUGGACGUUUGCAUCCCAAGGUGCUAGAAAGGCGACCCCACACAGGAAAACGCGGUAUAAGUCGAUCCUCCGCUCCCCUAUAUAAGGCCAAUAGUCUAUAAUAUAUCCAGCACUGGACGUACAUCGGCUGGUAUUCUGAUAUAUAUUUUUUAACGUGGACCUUCAAAACAUUCCCAAAUUGUUUGUAUAGUGUACAAAAAAGACAAGAAUACGUCUUUAAAUUUGACAGACGCAGGUAACGCAUUGCUGGGUGAGGGUAGGUAAAUAAAAAAAGUCCAUAUUAUUCUUACUGUCAGUGGGCGGUAGGCCGUAUGUAGCGUUCCUUACCGACCACUAAAUUAUUAAAGUUCACCUAUUUAUAACGAGCAUUUAAACUUAGCACCUAAACAUAAAGACAUAGGGCUUAAAGUAGCUUGCUAGGAUAUCUCUAAUUGGCUAAACUUCUGUGGUGUAGUGAAUAUAGCGUUCUUAUUCUAUAGAAAUCGAACAUGAGGCUUUAGUCACAAGGUCGAGCCUGUAGAGUGAGUUUGAAAAUCUUUACUGGCCAUAGAAAUACUGAAGCAGUAUAAUGUUAGUAGAUUUUGCUGAAAUUGGUAAAGGAUGCGCCAAGAUAUUGCUGCUGGUACUUAAUGGAUGUUGCAUUCUCAUAGCAAUAUGCGCCAUCACGUUCUCCAUAGUAGACAUAAACACGCUGAAGCAGUAUGGCGAGGGCCGGUCCGUGGGCACCACCGUGGGCGACGUGGGCAUCAUGACGGCAUGUCUGCUUCUCGUGGCCAUCGCUGCUUUCGGCUCCGUUGGCGCUGUCAAGGGAAAUGUCAAGAUACUUUAUAUGUACAUCGGUUUCCUGAUGAUCAUGGUCGUGCUGGAGAUGAUGAUAGCGAUCUACGUGUCGGUGCAGCGCUACGGCCUGGAGUUCCGGCUGACGGAGUGGCUUAGAGACGACUUCUUCCGUAACACCACCGACGUGGACGAGGAGACGCAUGCCAAGGUGUGGGACACUCUGCAGGCUACUUACGAAUGCUGUGGUCUCAACGGACCGGAAGACUACGUGGCUGUUCAGAAGGAGAUCAGCCUGUCGUGCUGCCCGCGAGCUUACCGCGCCAGAAGCACCUAUGCACAAGAGCAGCUUUACAAAUUCUGCAUACAAGGCAGCGGCUACUACAGCAUUGGUUGUGAAGAUCAAAUUCUGCUAUUAUUGAGAUCUGACGCGACCUGGCUUAUUGGGGUGGCCAUUACUUGUUUCUGGUUUGAGGCAGCAGGAAUGCUCCUCGCGACGUGGGUGGCUAAGAAUGCUAUAUAUGAAGCGACGCACCGCAAGAAAUCUUCUAGAUAUUAGAAAUUAUAAUUGUUGGAACAUGUUUUUAGGAAUAGUGUAAAAUGUACACUUUGUAAACAAAGCAUUAAUCACGUUGUCGAAUUUCUCUUCAAAUAUGUUAAGAGUUUUGUUUUUCCAACUGUUUAGAAGUAGAUUUAACGUUUGCUUUGGUAAUAAAGAAUAUUAU